AUGUUGGAUCGAAGAAGGUUUGGCUACAACAAUUGGACGCCCCUGCUCAUCCUCGCGACGGGCCUGGCCUUCUUUACGGGGUGCGACGACUCGGUCGAGCCUGUACCGGAGGCAGAACCCACAAGGACCGCCUUGGUCGCGCUCUACGAAGCGACGAAUGGAUAUGCUUGGAGUCAACAGGACAACUGGUUGACGGACGCGCCGCUCGGGCUCUGGUACGGAGUAGAGGUCGAUCAUUCAGGCCGCGUAAUCGGACUGGACCUCACCCGCAACGGCCUGAACGGUUCGAUCCCCGCCGAGCUGGCCAACCUCACCGAGCUGGAGAACCUGCUACUCGGGAACAACAGAUUGUCGGGUGCGAUUCCCCCCCAACUCGGCGAACUCGGUGCUCUUGUUACCCUGGACCUGCGCACCAACAGACUAUCGGGUGCGAUUCCACACGAACUCGGCGACCUCACCAGCCUCGGCUACCUUGACCUGUACCAGAACCGACUGACGGGCCCGAUCCCGGAAUCGCUGGGGCGCCUGUCGGCCCUCAGCCACCUGAAUCUCACCUGGAACAAGCUGACGGGCCCGAUCCCGGAAUCGCUGGGUCGCCUGUCGGCCCUCAGCCACCUGAAUCUCGGCUGGAACGAACUGACGGGCCCGCUCCCGCCGCGGCUGGGCGACCUGUCCAAUCUCGCCGUGCUGUUUCUGGGCUACAACGACCUGACCGGCCCGAUCCCGGUGGAGUUGGGCAGACUGGCGAAUCUCAUCGAGUUGACUCUGGAGGGCAAUCGGUUGACGGGCCCGAUCCCGGCGGAGUUCGGCAACCUGGACAGCCUCAAGACUCUCAAUCUCACCUACAACGACUUGACCAGCCCGAUUCCCGCGGCACUGGGCAAUCUGAGCGGCCUGGACAAUCUGUGGCUGAGUGGCAAUCGUCUGACCGGUCCGAUUCCGGCAGCACUUGGCAAUCUGACCGGCCUGGAAGCUCUGGGGCUGAGUGACAAUCGCCUGUCCGGCCCGAUUCCAGCGGAAAUCGGCAACCUGGCCAAUCUCAAGGGUCUCGUUCUCGGCGACAACGAGUUGACCGGUCCGAUUCCGGUGGCACUGGGUGGGCUCGACCAACUCCUUUCGCUGGGGUUGGAAGGGAACAAUCUGAUCGGCCUGAUCCCGGGGGAGCUCGGCAAUCUCGGUUCUCUCCGGUACCUGAAUCUGGGGAACAAUAAUCUGACCGGUCCAAUCCCGAUAUUGUUGGGCCGUCUCGGUUCUCUCUGGACUCUGGAUCUGCGGGACAACAAUCUGACGGGUACCAUUUCCGCGAUCGGCGGCCUCCCCGGGCUCAGGUGGCUGAGGCUGCAGAACAACAGGCUGACAGGAUCCAUUCCGGCCGGCUUCGGCAACUUCUGGCGAAUGGAACAUUUGCAGCUCUCGGGGAACGAGCUGACGGGCGCCAUUCCGCCCGAACUCGGAGGCUUGAGGGUAGUUGACUCGGUCAACCUCUCCGACAACUACCUGACGGGGCCCAUUCCAGCGAGCCUCGGGCAACUGGGCUCGAUCGCCGUGCUCGACCUUUCGGGCAACGACCUGUCCGGGCCGCUCCCCGAGGAAAUGGGCGCCCUCGCCACGCUCAGGCGGCUCGACCUUCGCCGCAACCCCGGGCUGUCGGCCGAGGUUCCGGGCAGGUGGACGGAUCUUCGCCUGAGAACGCUCCUGGCGGGGGAAACCGGCGUUUGCGCACCCGACGAGCCGGAGAUGAUGCUCUGGCUGGAGAGCAUCACGACGCGACGGGUGCGUACAUGUCAGGGGCUGGCUGCCUAUCUGGUGCAGGCCGUCCAGUCGCGUCGAUUCCCGGUCCCGCUGGUUGCGGGUGAAGACGCCCUGCUGCGCGUGUUCCCGACGGCGCUGCGCACAACCGAUGUCGGCCUUCCGGCUGUCCGGGCCAGCUUCUACCUGGACGGGACCGAGACGCAUGUGGUCGAUAUUCCCGGACAGUCGACGCGCAUCCCCACGACGAUCGACGAGGGUUCGCUCCUGAAGUCGGCCAAUGCCGAGAUCCCGGGUGAGCUGGUGCAGCCAGGGCUGGAAAUGGUGAUAGAGAUCGACCCCGAAGGGACUCUGGACCCGGAUCUGGGCGUGGCCAGGCGCAUCCCGGAGAACGGCCGUCUGUCAAUCCGGGCGGAGGUCAUGCCUCCCCUGGACUUCAUGUUCCUUCCCUUCCUUUGGAGCGAGGAUCCGGACUCGGCGAUUCUGGAGGUGGUCCAGGAGAUGGCCGACGGUCCCACGAGCCAUGACUUGCUGGCUCCGACGCGGGCCCUGUUGCCGGUCGCCGAGGUAACCGCCGAGGUCCAUGAGCCCGUGUGGACAUCGUCCAACGAGGUGGGAAAGCUGUAUCAGGAGACGGAGGCGAUUCGAAAUCAUGGAGCAGGGUAG